AAAUGACUAUGUAAAGAUUGGAUGUUAUUAAGUUGCAUAGGCUGUUCUGGUUUUAUCACAGUAGUAUGAAUAUGAGUGAAGAAAAAUAAAUAUAUUUUAGAGACAAACACUGGUUAGUACCCUUGAAGCCAAGGCAUCAACACUUGUAUGCUUAACAGGUAAGAAUCCAGAAUUCACGCGUUGAGGGGAUGAAUGUAUAAACGCUUCCUUAGACUUUUAAAAGGUUAAAUGGUCUUCUUCUUCUUCCUCUUCCUCAUCAUCAUCAUCAUGUAUUAACGAAAGCCCCCACAACUGACUGUCUUCGCUGCCAGACAAAACUGCCAAAGCCAAUAAUGUUUCUUUGAGGGACCUUUCUUAUGUCAGAGAUACUCUCUCUCUCUCUCUCUCCCUCCUCUCAUGUUCUUUGCUCUUCAACAAACAUCUGUUGUCAUCUCUUUGGUCUUUAUUUUUACCUCUUUGUUUACUUCCCUUUCUCCUCUCAUAUCUCACUUUCAAGUUCCCAUUUCUAUUCAACAUCUUCAUAACAAUUUAGGACCAGUGUUGUAUAUAAAGCUAACGGCCUUAGCUGCAGAAGCGAGUACAUGAGUAUCUUUUUUUUUUUAAUUCUUUAAAAACCCCUCACAUUUAUUUCAAGAGAGAUACAAACAAACAAGAGAGAAAGAGUAUUAAAGAGAGAGAGAUCUCAGCUCUGUAAUGGAGAGGAUACAAGGGCAAAACAAGCUAUGUGUAAAUUUGUUGGAUCAAAAAGUGAAUGUGAGAAGAAGCCUACAAGUUCAAGCAUCUCCGGAGGAUCAUAGCUUUCCUCUUGAGGAAGAUCAAUACUCAACUCUUACCUUGCAAGGUACAAGACUUCCAUUUCAACAAAUGCUGCAAGACCCUUCUUCGGUUUUGUCCUUCAAAGACCCACACAUUCUAGGAAACUAUCUCCCAUAUGAAGUUCCAGAGUUUCAUUCACCGUUCCACUCAGACAACAACCAUUACUAUCAGAAUCCAUUUUUAGAAGGAACCAAUGAAGACAUCUCAAGCCAAGAACUUCAGCUGAACCCAGUAGACAAUGCGUUUUCAAGACGCAAGCUCAGAAACAACAACUUGGCAGCAUCAGUGAGCAGAGAGAAGAGAAAGAGAAGGAGAAGCAAACCAAUGAAAAACAGAGAAGAGAUGGAGAGCCAGAAGAGAAUGACACACAUAGCGGUUGAAAGAAACCGCAGACGCCAAAUGAACGUUCAUCUCAACUCACUCCGCUCACUCAUUCCAUCUUCCUACUUCCUUAGGGGAGACCAGGCGUCAAUAGUAGGAGGAGCUAUAGACUUCGUGAAGAUCCUCGAGCAACACUUACAAUCCCUUGAAGCGCAGAAGAUAACUCAACAAACUAGUAAACUGAUAAUCGAUGCCACAGUGACGGAGAGGCACGUGAGUCUCAAAAUCCAGUACUGCCAGAGGAAACAAGGACAACUUCUCAGAUCAAUCUUUUUGCUAGAGAAACUUGGACUAACUGUUCUUCAUCUCAAUGUGACAUCUCCGUGCAACGCAUCUGUCUCUUAUUCCUUCAACCUCAAGAUGGAAGAAGACUGCAACUUGGGAUCAGUAGAUGAGAUAACGGCGGCGGUUCGUCAGAUAUUCGACUACUGUUGAUUAAAAUAAAAGUUAUUUUGUAACUUUGGUUUACGUGGAGUCUUCUUCUGAGCAUGGUGGCAUUUAAUUUGGCUUUAGUUUAAGGAUACUCUGCAGAAUUGGGCCCCACCAGAUAAAGUUUGACGUUUGUUUUAAGAGUUGUGUACGUACGCCACGUCAGCACUAUCCUGUUUGAAAAGUCGUUUAUCUUUC